CGAAUAGCAACGCCGAAUUUAUGAAGUCGUAACGAAAAGAAUUUAUUUUAUUUUGCAAUUCAUCCAAUUUGAUGCAAUAAUAAAAUGUCUGAGAACUGUCAUGUGGUACAAGAGUGUUUUGAAAGGAACUGGUCACUAAAGAAAUAUGAAGAGAUAGUUGAAAGGCUCUCGACGCCAACAUUUAGUUGUAGUUCAACAGAGAAACUACCCCCACUUCCACCCAUAGUGAAGCCCGAAGUCCCAUCGUCACUGUAUGCUGUAUGUCAAUUUAUUUGAUAAACUUUUUUGUAUCCAGAUGGUCACACGGAAUGCUACACACCCACCUUUAAUGAAUUCUUUUACCCUGACUAAAGCUUCUCCAUUCAAGGAACAGAAAUACUGGCGUUCACCUAGUCAAUCUAUUGGGAACAAUUUUUCUCCAAAUGCUGCUAACUUAUCAAUGCAAAGCCUAGCAAAAUGUGAUGGAUUAUUCAAAAUCCGUCCCAGAAAAAGAAAAGAAAAGGACGAAUCUAAGAGCAGGAAACGUUUUAGAGUUAUGUCCCCAGAGGAGCAGAUCGAUCAAAUGAAAACCUUGGAGAAAGAAAGAAAUACUAACCGUCAGAAGCCAUCAGAAAGAGAUAUAGAAAGAUAUACUUACUAUAUAAAUAAAGGUAUACCAGAUUUUAUGCUUGCUCCAUUACCAAAUAAACUAUGGGAAAGUUUACAAAAAUACCUACCACAGAGUUUAACAUUGACAUGGCCAACUCAGUUAGUUGAUUUACAACAAGAAAUACAUGAUGAUUAUGUAUAUGCUGUAAAAAAAUCUAUCGUCGACUACAUUCUACUAGAUCCAGAGGAAAGAAAAAGAUUGUUUAUUGAAUCGUUGCCUAUUCCAUAUCCGAACUUCGUUAUUCGAGCUCCUGUUCCAUGGCAUACAACACGUAAAAAAGCAUAUGAAUUCUGUAAACAGUAUUUAUUCACAAUUGGCCCAAUACCAUUAGCACUACAAAAAAUUUGGUGCACAGAAUUUUCUCAUUUACGUUUUAUAAACUAUGAUGAAUUAGUAAAUCUUUCAGAACCUUUGGAACCGAUAGAAUUCGAAAAACUUAUUAUUCAACAAUGUCAAAAAACAAGAGAAAUAUUACGUAAAAAAUUUAUAAAAAGAAAAAAAAAUGCAUAUUUACCACUACGGAAUUUGAAUUAA